CACGACGACAGAAACUACGAUUGCCACAUCCUAUCAUGGACUUAUACACACAGUAUAUAUCUUUUAUGUUUAUUUCUUUACGUUUAUUAUAGUGGAAAUAUUUCGUGAAAGAUGAUGACUUUUGGUCGCAAUAUUUGUCGAAUCUCGAAUUUAUAGGUAUUUGUGUUUUUUACAGUCACAAUUAACCAAUUUAUCGAUUUUGCAUGCAUCAAUACCCUAAAGUCAUAAAAUGAGAAGUUCGAUAAGGACAACUUGGCAAAAGUCAACAGUGUUGUUUGUUUUCGCAAGCAUAAUUAUUACAUUAUGUUCUAUAGCGGCAUGCUUCAAAACAGAUAAUUCAAAUAAAGAAUCUCUUCAAUGUGGUGGUUGUAGCUUUAGCAGACAAACCAUCAUAAAAACACAAUAUAAGAAAGAAACAGAAGAUUACUGUCCAGCAACCAAUGAUCUUCAUAUUUAUGAAAAGACUACUGUCAAUCGUAUAGAUCGUUUAAAAAACAUGGCUAAGAUAGAGGCGGGCACCUUCACGAUUGGUACAAACGAACCUGUGUUUGUCGCAGAUGGCGAAGGUCCGAAACAACAAAUAUAUCUACAUAGUUUUUAUAUAGACAAGAUGGAAGUGAGUAAUCGUGAUUUUGCAAAAUUUGUCAGCGUAACCAAUUAUCGGACAGAAGCUGAAAAAUUUGGAGAUUCGUUCGUAUUUGAAGGUCUGUUAGAUGAAAAAGUUCGAGCAAACGUAACGCUCGUUGUUGCUCGAGCUCCUUGGUGGUUACAAGUAAAAGAUGCAAAUUGGCAACAGCCAGAGGGUCCAACCUCUGAUAUUAAGAAUAGAAUGGAUCAUCCCGUUGUUCAUGUAUCAUGGAACGACGCUAUUGCCUAUUGCGAAUGGUUAGGAAAAAGAUUGCCGACCGAAGCCGAAUGGGAAGUUGCUUGUCGGGGCGGACUGUCAGAUAAGCUGUACCCAUGGGGUAAUAACUUGAUUCCAAAUGGUCGAUACAGAGCAAAUACGUGGCAAGGUGAUUUUCCAAGUAAUAAUACUAAAGAAGAUAAAUACGAAAGCACAUCACCUGUUACAGAAUUCCCGCCAAAUAAGUAUGGAUUACGUAAUAUGAUAGGAAAUGUAUGGGAAUGGACAUUUGAUUGGUGGACGGCCGAAACCAGAACACGAGGCGGGCCUAAUAAUCCUAGUGGCCCAUCUCGUGGCACGGACAAAGUGAAAAAAGGCGGCUCUUAUCUCUGUCACAAGAGCUAUUGUUUUCGAUAUAGAUGCGCUGCUCGGAGCCAAAAUACUCCAGAUACAACGGCUGGAAAUCUUGGUUUUAGAUUUCUUUCCACAACGUUAUAACAUAACUCUAUUUACUCCGGAUCGUUUCGACUAUCAUCGGCAUUCAUCGGUUUGUUUCGGUUAAGUUCAUUUAAAAUUUCGGGCGUCGGCUUGUGAUGGACGACGAUUAUUAAAACUGUGUUGCC